GCGCACCACGUGGGCGGGAAGCGAAGCAGGAGGGCGUGUUAGGCCGAAUUCUAACCCCAUUGGCUGUCGCUGCUGCCGUCUCUCGCAGGAGAGUGCUCUGAUUGGUCAUCCGGGGGGGCGUCGCGGUCUCUGAGUUGUGAUGUUUGUGAUUGGUUAACUGAGAUAAGCUAGUGCGGCGCUUCCGCAAAGGGUUUUGAUUGGUCGGCCCGAGAGAUUAUUUGGGAUUCCUCCUCCCCCGCCCGGGGACUUUGAUAGGGUUGAGGAAGGUUUAUGUUCCCGAAGCCUUGGGAACUGUCAUAAGCUAAAGAGAAGGAAAUCUUAGUCCCCAGAAAGAGCAGCGCCCCCACCCCACCCCCCAUAAAGAUAAGCUACUGCCGGGUUUCUGGAGACCCUGGUAUUUCUAGAGCAGGAUUUGCUUUCACCAAAUCCAAGUUGGUGAUCAAAAGGAGCCCCUACACAGGACCUAAGGAUGCUGUGACCAGAAGAUGGGAUCACGGAACAGUAGCAGCGCAGGAUCCGGGUCUGGAGACCCCUCUGAGGGCUUGUCCCGAAGAGGAGCUGGCCUGCGUCGGAGUGAGGAAGAGGAAGAGGAGGAUGAAGAUGUGGAUCUGGCCCAGGUACUGGCCUAUCUCCUCCGCAGAGGCCAAGUGAGGUUGGUGCAGGGAGGAGGUGCAGCAAAUUUACAACUCAUCCAGGCCCUCUCGGACUCAGAAGAAGAGCAUGACAGUGCUUGGGAUGGUCGUCUUGGAGAUCGAUACAACCCACCUGUGGAUGCAACCCCUGACACCCAGGAGCUGGAACGCAAUGAAAUCAAGACACAGGUGGAAUUGGCCACAGGGCGGCUAGGACUUAGGAGGACUGCCCAGGAGCACAGCUUUCCUAGAAUGUUACACCAGAGAGAACGGGGCCUCUGCCACCAGGGAAGCUUCUCCCUUGGAGAACAGUCUCGAGUGAUGUCUCACUUCUUGCCCAAUGAUCUCAGCUUCACUGACACCUACUCUCAGAAGGCUUUCUGUGGCAUCUACAGCAAAGAUGGUCAAAUCUUCAUGUCUGCUUGCCAAGAUCAGACAGUCCGACUCUAUGACUGCCGCUACGGCCGUUUCCAUAAAUUCAAGAGCAUCAAGGCUCGGGAUGUAGGCUGGAGUGUCCUGGAUGUGGCCUUCACUCCUGAUGGGAACCACUUCCUCUACUCCAGUUGGUCUGAUUACAUUCAUAUCUGCAACAUCUAUGGGGAAGGAGAUACACACACUGCCCUGGAUCUAAGGCCAGACGAGCGUCGCUUUGCUGUCUUCUCCAUAGCUGUCUCCUCAGAUGGACGAGAAGUACUAGGAGGAGCCAAUGACGGCUGCUUAUAUGUCUUUGACCGAGAACAAAACCGGCGUACCCUUCAGAUUGAGUCUCACGAGGAUGACGUGAAUGCAGUGGCCUUUGCCGACAUAAGCUCCCAAAUCCUGUUCUCUGGGGGAGAUGAUGCUAUCUGCAAAGUGUGGGAUCGACGCACCAUGAGAGAGGAUGACCCCAAGCCUGUGGGUGCACUGGCUGGACACCAGGAUGGCAUUACCUUUAUUGACAGCAAGGGUGAUGCCCGGUAUCUCAUCUCUAACUCCAAAGAUCAGACCAUCAAGCUCUGGGAUAUUCGGCGCUUUUCCAGCCGCGAAGGCAUGGAAGCCUCACGCCAGGCUGCCACACAGCAAAACUGGGACUAUCGCUGGCAGCAGGUGCCCAAAAAAGCCUGGAAGAAGCUGAAGCUCCCAGGGGACAGCUCCUUGAUGACUUACCGGGGCCAUGGUGUGCUGCAUACUCUCAUCCGCUGCCGAUUCUCCCCGACCCACAGCACUGGCCAACGGUUCAUCUACAGUGGCUGCUCUACUGGCAAAGUAGUUGUAUACGACCUCCUAAGUGGCCACAUUGUGAAGAAGCUGACCAACCACAAGGCCUGUGUGCGUGACGUCAGUUGGCACCCCUUUGAAGAGAAGAUUGUCAGCAGUUCGUGGGAUGGGAACCUGCGUCUAUGGCAGUACCACCAAGCUGAGUAUUUCCAAGAUGAUAUGCCAGAGUCUGAGAAAUGCUCCAGUGCUCCCUCUCCGGUGUCCUGCCCAUCUAUGGCCUUUUCCUCGCUUCAGUAGAUCUGACCUCCAGUUCCGUACAGGAUGAACUCUCAACAUAUUCUCUGCCUCCUCCUCCCUUUUCCCUUCUGGGGAAUAUGUGGAGAAAUGACUGGCAUUGGGUAGUGAGAAAAAGAAGCCCAGGGUUGGAACCCAAGCUGAGCCCUGGAAAAUCCACCCCACUGAGCUGAGUGAUCUCCUCAUGCAUUCACACCCAGUCUGCUUGGGUCCCUAUCUGUAGCCAGAGGUUGGCAGGGCUGCCAUUAUCAGGGGUGCAGCUCCUGCCAACAAGACAACUGCCUGACUGUUUUUAAUCAUGUGCUGAUGUUCGGGAUUGAUCAUAGCAUAGAUACCUGAGGCCAGGUCUAAACAGGCCUAUCAGCCAUGCCUUUGCCCAGGUCUUCGGACUGAAGCUUAGACUGGCCAACAGAGGGCCAGGUGUCCUGAUCUUUCUUCCUGAGGUCUUUGGGGGAGGACAGGUAGGUAGCAGGGUUUUCUCAGUACCCUGGAGUGGGAACUCUGUCUUCUUUCAUUUCUGGGUCUUGGGUUGAAUAAGCUGUGGUGUGAGAGGUAGGAGUCUCCAGAAGCUGUAUGUGGCCUGACAUGGGCCAGGCCCUACUUGCCAUGAGAUUCCAUCAUGCUGGUGGCCAGCAGCCUCAACGAAGGAGGUUAAGCUAGGACUCCAUUCAUCUUCUCACUAGCUUUGCCUCUCCCAAUAAAUUGUCUCUGGGAACCUGGCUUAAAA